CUUACUUAUUGCCGGAAAACACACACACACACACACGCACGUUUGUUUUGAAUGAGACAUGCCCUUGAACCACCGUUAGUCCUGUUUGUUUUGUGGUCCGUGUUAUUAUAUCAUUUCGCUCACCGUCCUCAGAGUACAUUAGCAGUAACAACGCCACCAUGGGCUUCCUGCUGUCCAAGUCUAUGGAUUCAAACCUCAAAAAGCAGCAAGAGUUCAUGCUCCACAACUCACGGCUGCAGAUGGAGCGUCAGAUCCUGAUGCAGAACCAGAUGAGAGAGAGGCAGAUGGCCAUGCAGAUCGCCUGGUCCAGAGAGUUUCUUAAAUACUUUGGCACUUUCUUUACAGUGACCUCGGUGGGACUCACUAUAGGUGCCAUUAAAAGAAAGAGACCAGCCAUGUUGUUUCCCAUCUUUCCACUCGGCUUCAUUCUUGCCUACCAGAUGGACAGCGCUUACGGGACACUUAUUUAUCGCAUGAGAGGGGAGGCUGAGAGUAUCAUGGAGUCUGAACAUGACCGUCUGGACUUGCCUCUCGGGACUCCAACAUUCGAGAGCAUAGAAAAGGCCCGCCGCGCUAAAAGCAGCCUCAGCUCCUUUCUGGAGAAAUGACGCGUUGGUAACAUGAGACAAAAUCAUAGUCGUCCAGUCGUUGCAUUCACCCGUUCUGCUUCUGCUUAAUUAUAGAAAAAAACUAAAAACUUUUUGAUGAACUUAAGUCUAUGGUUUGCACUAAUUAUAUGUCAUGGACAUCAAGUUAAAUGAAUCUCAGUGUCAAUGGAUCUAAAUGUAAUAAUGUUGUUUUUGUGGUAUUUGUUAUUAGAGGUGCAUCAGUGGCCAAACACUUCAGCACUAAAACAUGCAGAAUCCCAAUCAAAAUACUCGAAACUCUGGUACACUGAGACAAUAUCUGUGCCCGGAAUCCAGACUUCAUACUAAUCAUGAUAGCACAGUUUUUACCAUUAAUGCACAAAAAUACUAACAUACUUCAACAUUUUGCACUACAGGAAAUGAUGCACCACAUGUUGGAUGUUAACAAACUGCAACUUUUGAAAGAUACUGUCAAA